AUGUCCCAAACUCUGCCUCAAUCGACCGCCGAAUUUUCCGAGCUUUACAGCGCUUUCGUUAAAAAAGAACUAUCUUUUUCCAAGAAAGGAUCGAAUGUCCGAAAAGAAAUUGUUCAACAGACCAUCGAAGGAAGACUUGCUGCAUUCUUGGUAAUCAGGAAGUGCAGAAAGAGGGCUGCAGCUAUAAAUGCGAAGAAGGCGACGGACAACAUGGAGGAGAAGACUACAAAGAGACCAACCAAGUGCUGCGUAUUUGGUUUUAUUCACGAAUCCGUUCGACAGUUGAUGAUAAGAACAUAUGGAGAGUCAUUCUGGGCUAAAGUAUUAGAGCGUGCUGGGUUUGAAGCUGGAAAAGAAAAUAUUAUCAAUCACUAUUAUUCCGAUCAAGACACAUACACCCUGAUAGAUGCAGUCAGUGUCAUCCUGAAAGUCACUCGAGAACAAGUAUGGGAGAUGUAUGGUUGUUUCCUUAUCCAGUAUACUAUGGAAACUGGAUGGGAUGAUUUGAUCAGAUCGAUGAGUCCAAAUCUCAAAGGAUUCUUGGACAACCUUGAUUCUCUUCACUACUUCAUUGAUCAUGUGGUCUACAAGGCAAAUCUUCGAGGACCAUCUUUCCGAUGUGAGGACAAUCCGGAUGGAACUAUCACAUUGCAUUACUAUACUGGCCGUCCAGGCUUGUAUCCUAUCGUGAAAGGAGUACUUCGUGAAGCAGCAAAGAGAGUUUUCAAGUUGGAUGUAUCCAUGUCUAUCACAGGAAGAACACAAAGAAGUGUGCAAAUGGCAACUGGGGAGAGAAUUGAGGAGCAUGUCAUUUUUCUCAUUAAGACUCAAAAUACUGAUCAAUCAAAUGAAGACGCCCUUGGAACAGCAGUGGUUCAACACAGCAACAACUACAAAAUCCGCCUCACCCAUAUGGAUUUUGUCACAACUUUCCCAUAUCAUAUGGUUGUUGAUCAGGACUGCAAGAUCGUUCAAGUCGGACGAGAACUUUAUAAUCACAUUCCCAAGGAUCUCCUCGCAGUUGGCACUCCACUAAUGAGAAUAUUCGAAGUUACUCGUCCUCAAAUCCCACUUGAUUUUGACAGUAUUUGCAAUUUCAUCAAUGCGGUUUUUGUUCUGCAAGUUAAAACUACUCCAAUGGAGUUUCAACGUAACGCCAAUAAACGUGCUGGACAGAUAACUGAUGGGUUUGAUAAUGCUCCGGAAGACGGCAAUAGUGCCGUGGCUACUCUUAGUCAGAGUCAACAUUUGAAGUUGAAGGGUCAGAUGAUGUUGAUGACUUCCGGAGGGCAUAUUAUGUACCUCUGCUCACCAUAUGUCACCUCUAUUCCUGAACUACUUCAAUAUGGACUACGGUUGACUGCUAUGCCGUUGCAUGACGCAACUCGGGAUUUGAUUCUGUUGAAUCAGCAAAGACUUUCAGAUGUGGAAAUGAAUUUACAACUCGAAGCUAACAAUGAGCAAUUGGAAAACAUGGCAAAGGAUCUGGAGGUGGAGAAGGGUAAAACAGAUGCAUUAUUGCGUGAAAUGCUUCCACCAUCUGUCGCUCAACAAUUGAAACAGGGACUCAGUGUAGAUGCAAGAGAAUACGAAGAGGCUACUGUAAUGUUUACGGAUGUCCCAACGUUCCAACAGAUUGUUCCUCUUUGUCAACCCAAAGACAUAGUUCAUUUGCUCAAUGAGCUCUUCACCAAAUUCGACCGCUUGAUUGGUAUUCAAAAAGCCUAUAAAGUUGAAACAGUUGGAGACAGCUACAUGUCGGUUGGCGGAAUCCCGGAUACUGUAGAUGAUCAUUGUGAAGUUAUCUGCCAUUUGGCUCUGGGAAUGGUCAUGGAAGCUCGCACAGUUUGCGACCCUAUCACCAGCACCCCGUUGCAUAUUCGUGCUGGAAUUCAUUCAGGGCCUGUUGUAGCAGGUGUUGUCGGCGCAAAAAUGCCAAGAUACUGCCUGUUCGGUGAUACCGUGAAUACUGCAUCUCGAAUGGAGAGUCAUAGUCCAAUUGGACGAAUCCAUUGUUCGGAGAAUGCGAAAAAGUGCGCUGAAAGUACCGGUCGGUUCGAAUUCGAACCGCGUGGCAAGGUUCAAAUCAAGGGAAAGGGCGAGAUGAAUACAUACUUUUUGCUGCGCAGCUUCAAGAGAUCAAUUUGGGAGAUCAUCGACCGCAGAAGAGAUGAGAAUUGCAACAGCAUCGAUGGAUACAAUGAACUGCGUGAAGGCUACGUUGACGAUGUCAUCAACAAGACCACACAGAAGAAUUCAAAGACUUGCUCCAUAUCUUGA